GCGGGCGCGGGCAGCCCCGGAGCAGGAUCGGGAGGGCGACAGCGACCCAGAGAAGGAAGCAGAGGAGAAGGCGAGGCUACUCGCCGGCCCGGACCUGCCCUUUUCCUCGCUCUUGCACCUCGCCAGAAGGGAGCUUUGAUGGAACCACAGGGAGGGGGCCACGGAUUUACAGACUGCAGCAGGAGUGGGCUAGGGCUUGCGAUAAUGUAACUAUUCCUUUCCCGUCUCCUCCCACACGCCUCUCUUCUCUACCCUUUUUUUCUGCCCCACCACCUGUCCUCUCCACACACACACCCUUCCUCUAGCCAAGAUCUUAAUGCUCAGGAAGGACGUGGCUCUGCUAGGGAUACACGAUCUUUUUCUCUCUUCCUUUCUGUCUCCCCACCCCACUCUUCUCCCACCUCUAUUUGCCAGACUCGCUUCACCCACUUCUGCGUAGCCCUUUGGCCUCACGGGCAAAGCACAACCCCCUUCCUCAAUUUCACCUGCAGUCUCCUCUCCUCCACCCAACUGUUCUCUUAAAAGCAACUGUGGUGCUUCUAGGGGUUAAUUGCCCCAGUUUUCUGCCCUGGAGAAUUAAAACUUCUCCAAACCCUCUCUCCUCCCCAUUUUGCCCCCUACUGGACCCUACCAGUCUCCUACUACCUGAGAAAAACUAUCUUUUUUCUCUCUCUCAUAUAUGCACUCCUCAGUUCUUCAUCAAGCUAGUUUUCUCUAAACUCAUCUCAAUCCACUCCGAUUUUGAUUUAGAAUCUUCCUCUCACCCUUUCAUAUAAAAGGAAGAGAUUUACCACCACCUAGGGAUUUGAGAAGAACCCAGCAACCCUUUCGCGGGGAACUUUAAAGAAUUAGACUUUGAUCUGAAGGCUCUAACAGUUCAGCCUCAAGGCCUCUUCUAUUGCCGGGCUCCUACUAGUGUCCUGGGGCCAAAGGCAGAAAGGAGGCACUUUGAGCAAAGUCUGAGGUUGGGGUGGGGCUGCAAGAGCAAGAAAAACUUGUUUUGCCUUUUCCAGGUAGAGUUCAGAAUCAGUGAUUCUCAAUUCUCAGUUCUUGGAGCAAUUUAUUUACUGCUUGGAGAGGUUGCAAGAAGAGCCCCUGAAAAAGGAGAUUGCUCCCAUAGCGAAGAAACAGUUCGGACCCCAAGCCCCAUCGCACCCAUCUCUGCUAAGAGUCCAGCUGCCCCUCUUGGGUCCUCUGCUCCCUCUGGGCACAUGCUGAUGCCCCUGGGUGGGCUGCUGUGCUGGUGGUUGUGGAGCUCCUGCUGCUGUAGCUGGUACUGUUGUGGACUGUGCACCCCAGCCCCCCAAAUGUUGCGCCACCAGGGUCUCCUCAAGUGCCGCUGCCGCAUGCUCUUCAAUGACCUGAAGGUUUUCCUUCUGCGGCGCCCCCCUCCAGCGCCCCAGCCCAUGCACGGUGACCCCCAGCCCCCCAUUUUGGCGGCCAACAAUAAUACCCUUCCGGCUCUGGGUGCCGGGGGGUGGGCAGGCUGGAGAGGCCCUCAAGAAGUGGUGAGCAGGGAGACCCCUCCUCUGCCUCCUCCACCACCUUUGCCACCUUCUGUGGAAGAUGACUGGGGUGGCCCAGCCACAGGACCACCUGCCUCACUGCUCAGCAGUGCCUCUUCAGAUGACUUCUGCAAGGAGAAGGCUGAGGAUUGCUACUCACUGGGCAGCAGCCUGGACAGUGGUAUGAGGACUCCCCUCUGUCGCAUCUGCUUCCAGGGACCAGAACAGGGGGAGCUGCUGAGCCCUUGCCGCUGCGACGGCUCGGUUAAAUGCACUCACCAGCCAUGCCUCAUCAAGUGGAUCAGCGAGCGAGGUUGCUGGAGCUGCGAGCUGUGCUACUAUAAGUACCACGUCAUCGCCAUAAGCACAAAGAAUCCUCUGCAGUGGCAGGCCAUCUCUCUGACAGUCAUCGAGAAGGUUCAGAUUGCAGCUGCCAUCUUGGGCUCCCUCUUCCUCAUCGCCAGUAUCUCUUGGCUCAUCUGGUCGACCUUCAGCCCCUCAGCAAAAUGGCAGCGCCAAGACCUCCUCUUCCAGAUCUGCUACGGGAUGUAUGGCUUCAUGGACGUGGUGUGCAUAGGUCUCAUCAUCCACGAGGGACCUUCUGUGUACCGCAUCUUUAAAAGGUGGCAGGCUGUCAACCAGCAGUGGAAAGUGCUGAACUAUGACAAGGCAAAAGACCUGGAAGAACAGAAGUCAGGAGGCAGGACAAACCUUCGGACCUCCUCAUCCACCCAGGCCAAUAUCCCUUCCUCAGAAGAGGAGGCAGCUGGUACCCCUGUCCCCGAGGAAGGCCCCACUCGGGCUGCCAGCCACUCCUCAGAUCCUCUGUCCCAUCACCACUGUGCUUACACCAUCCUGCACAUCCUGAGUCACUUGAGAGCUCAAGAACAGCGGAGUCCCCAGGGCAGCAGCCGAGAACUUGUCAUGAGAGUCACCACGGUGUGACAGGAAAGACGUGCAGAAAGGCGGAAAGUGUGCAGAGAGGCUGGCCCAGGAGUGGCCAGGGAGCAGGUAUGGGGAGGCAAGGCAGCACCUGAGCCAGAGCAGACAGCAAGCACACAGUGGUGGGCCUCAAAAGGAGCUGGGGCAGGGUGGAGCUGGAGGCUGGCAUCUGGAGCCAUUGAUGGUUUCCAGUCAGUCAAUACCAUUCUACAGUGACAAAAACCAGUUCAAACUCAGCAACAAUGGGCCAGACAGAUGGAACUGAACCUAGCAAAACAACGGCCCAGGUGCACCCAUGUAAGCAAGACUCCCAGGAGAAGAGGCUCCUGGAGGGCAAAGCCAGUACAACAGGUGGUGGUCCCUGUGGGUGCAUGGGCAGCAGAGAGAAUAAGAAGCAACCAAGGGAAACAACAUUUGGAGCCUGCUCCUUGCAAACUUGCAUCUGUUUUUCUUUCUCCCUGGGUGGUGUUCCUGGGCAGUCAAGGGAGGGUUGGACAAACUUGGGCUGGUAGGGAAGACUUACAGGCUGUGGGACUCCUGGGGCUCUGGGCUCAACUGAGAGGCAGAAUUCGGUGACUCAAAUGGAUUUAGGGAUCAUGGGGUGGUUGAUGACAGGAAGGAGGUGCUGGUGUAAGCAACCAACCAGAGGAGGGGUGUGUUUCCUCCCAUCAGAACCUCCCCAGCUAGAACUCCCAGGUUCAGGUGGGCUCAAAGAAGCCAUGGGUUUGGAGAUGGAUGUCUUUCUGUGCCCUUGUUUCUUUAUUUGACAGUGAUUUGGCUCAAAGGAUGUUUACAGGACACACACACAUACACACACGCAUCCCUGGAGAAAAGUAUGGCUUUCCGGUGGCUGUUUAUCUGAAGCACAGUACUGCUUCUGUGGCCUCAGCCUUCAGAAUUGUCAGUCCCGGAGUAACUUUCCCAACUACUCAGACCCACCCAUGGCCAAGACAAUUCAAUGCCAUGCCCCUUCAACCUUGGCUCAGACACAUACCCAGACCUCCACACAGGGCCCCUCCGCUGCCAAUCCCUGGGUCUUCCAGGAGGACUGCUGCAGUGUUGGUGGAAGUUAGCCAGUGAGCCCCAAGGAGCGGAGACCAGUCUAAGUAUUCCUCACUGCUUGGGACCCUUCAAAGAAGCAAUUUGGUCACUGCUUAGUGCUAUGUGCUCCUGGUCCUCCCUGUGCAGACAGGGAGGGCCAGGGGCCCUGGCAGGGAGCACUGUCUUUGGAGCCCACCUACUUGUUCCUGGAACCUUGCCAGGGAAGGCCACCGAGUGGUCACUUACAGUUUCUUGUUGUCAUUGCACAGUGGCCGUGUCAUUCUUGGGUAUUAAAGGGACACUGUCAAGUACUUUUUUAAACUAGUUUUUAGGGUUUUUUAAAACUCUCUGUUGUUUGUAAUAUUCUCUUAAAAGCUUGAAAAUAAAAUGUC